AACACCUCAAAAAUGAUGCUUACAGCGUUUAUUCUCUAUUUUCCCUUUCUUUAUAUCAGGAAUGAGCUUACUACAAAGUACGGACUGAGCGCCAAACAUAGAGAAAAAUACCCUGUGACACGGAUAGACCUUAAUAUUCUAAUUCAACAUCUUUACACAAGUGAUACGCAUGAUUAUGUGCAUGAACGCGGUCGUUUUCAACAAGCCUUUGGCCUGUCACUAUUUUCCUCUUCCAGGGCCCGAGCAGGCGCUAUUGUUGAAUCCAACACCUACCAGGACAUCAAUAAGGCUCUUUAUUAUCAGCACCUCUCCUUGAACAUGAGACCAGAGUUUCUAAAGGGUCAUCGUUAUGACGAUGAAACCAUUCUGCCCAAGAAUUGGAUCGGAGAGCAAAAAAUUCUUAAAAGAGCUGGUUCCACACCGGCUGCUACGCAGGCCUCUCCCCAAGACUUUGGUAGGUUUGGUAUAUUUCCUGGUUUUGGGGCUAGCCCUUUAAGCGUCUCAAUCUUCUCUGGUUUUGGCGGCUUCAGUAUGGGCGGAGAUAUGUUUAGUAAUAGCGCUAAUCCCAACGCAAAUGCCGCUUUGCAAACCGGCUUUUCUGGCUUUGGUGGAUUUCCUAUAGGUGGAUUCUCUGGAUUCCCUGGGAUAGCUGUCUUUGGAGGUGCGUCCGCCCAAGUAGCUGCGCCAAUUCUACAGAGUGGUGGGAUUGUGAAUGGUGCUUAUACAGCCGGGUCUACCGCGACCACCAGCAAUACAAGUCCUGCUACCAUCAUAAGAGAGGUUAAGGGCCUAGAUGAAGACUGA